GUAGAUGUGACAGUGCUGGACACUGUAGCUGAUAGUCCUAAGUGCUACGUGGGGGUUUUUUCUUCUUUCACUAAGUUUGAUAAAAAUAUAACAAAACAUAUGUAAAUGUAAUUGCGAAGAGAAGCAACAGUUUGUUAUAUCAAAUUGGGCUGGGUGGUAUGGAUAUAUCAGAUGAAAUGGAUAAAUCAUGGGAUCAUCCAUGGACUACAGAAGAAAUGCGAAAAAAGAGAAGAGAAUGGAGUUUAGCAGGUGAUGCAGGACUUCUCAAACAUCUUCAGCAAUUUUCUGAAAAUUUGGUAUCAAAAGCUAACAAAGUUGAGGAGACCUUGGAUUCACUGACAACUCAGUUACAUGAAACAACAAUAUUUAUAGAUAAUGUUACUAAUAGAUCAUUAGCUUUAGCCAAUACUCAAUUUAUUGAGAGCCGUGUACAAGAAGAUGAUAUAGAGAUUGAAAAGAAAGUAGAGACAUCAGUACAGGAAUGUAAAGAUCAGGAUUUAGUAGCUGCAGAGUUAAUAGCCACUGUUAGCGAUAGUAUAAAACAAGGACUGAACAUAAUGAAUGAAAAAUAUAAAGAAAUGGAGUUUGUUGAUAGUGAUAGUGAAGAAGAAGAAGACGAAGACAAUAAAGUAGUACUAAGUGUUGUGGGACCAAAUAAUCCAUACCAAGAUCGACCUUUACCUUAUGUCAUUGGCUCUGAAAAAUGGAAAAAUUCAAGUAAAAUUGGUUUAGAAAGUAGUAGUAGCAGUGAAUCAGAGCAAGUAGAUGAGGAGGAAUCAGAUAGUGAGGCUGAUGAUACUGCAGCAUUCAAGAAUCUUAAUCUGGAUCCUAAAUCAAACCUAGUUGGAUUAUUACCUUCUUUGAAUGAAACAUACAUGGAUAAUGACAAAAUGGAUGUAGUCAGUCAAAAUAAUAUAGAUUCUAUUUCUGAAUCAGUUACUCCUGAUAACAGUGUACCAAAGGUAUCAUUAUCAAAUGAUUCAGCACCAAAUUUUGCAGAAGAAUUAGCUAAACGAUUAGGUACCGUUCGACAAGCUCAAAAACCAACUGUUAUGGACGAAAAGAGUGAACCGUCGAUAAAUCGAUUUAAAGAGGAUCUAUUUGCACCGGAAGAAGAUGAAAAUGUUUCAAUUGAUAAAUCGAAAAAUAUACUUAGUGAGAGUAAAAAGUUUGUGAAUGACCAAUCUUCGGAAAAUCUGUGGAAGGAAAAACCGAUCAAACCUUAUAAGAAUAUCAUACCAGCUAGCAUUGAUGUACCACCUCCAAUUAGUACAAUUUCUACUAAACCAAAAUCAGCAAUUGAUGAUUUGUUUGCUGAUGCUGAUUCCGAAGAUUCCGAUGAUAUAUUUUCAUCAAAGAAUACAGUGAAAACAAUUACAAAAAAUAAACACUUAAGCAACAGUAAUGUCUUGGCAGAUAAAGAAAAUGCGCAAAAGAAAUUUUUAGACAUUGUGGCACCAACUCACAUGGCUACAAGUACGCCGGACACUGAUGUAAAUACUACUAAUCUGUUUAGCGAUGAUGAAGAUAUGGGCGAUCUCUUUGGAUCAUCUAAAAAUCAACCACAAAAUAAAAAAAAACCUGUAGGAGGAAUCUCGAUACUGGGAAAUAUUUUAACUGCAGAUGUUGAAAACAAAUUAUCGAGUAGGAUUUCGCGGACCCAGUCGUCUGGAUCUUCCGGUACUAAUACGCCAACGACUUAUGGAAGCAGUACAAAUAACGAAUCUGCGAAUGAUCGUUCGCGAAAUAUUGUGUCGAAUGAUAAUGUUAGUGAACGAGAUUCUAUUGAGAUAGCAAGGAAUAACGCAGUAAAUUUAGCCGUCCCCAAUGAAAGCAACUAUAGUAGUGGAAUAUCGAAUCCGUCAUUGAGUAUUAAUAACACAGUUGGUUCGAGCAUAGGUAUUAAUUCACCGCAGAUGACAUCGACCCGUUUAAAAUCGGAGGAGAUCUAUCGUGAAAGGGUAGUCAGCGACAGUCUAUUCUCAGCACAAACUCGCAACCCGAUCAGUGUUACCCCGAAUUCGACGAACAAUCAGUCGCAGAGAGAAUCAAACGAGAACGUUCUAUCUACGGAACAGGAUGAUGUGUUCGAAAACGAAGAUCUGUUUGGUCCACCUCCGUUACCGAAAGCGGAUUCUAAGCUAGCAAAGUCGAAGGUGUCUUCCCUCUUCGACGACUCCGAUUCCGGUGACGAAUUAUUCUCAACGACCAGUUCGGGUUCUAGAUCUCAAAAGAGCAGCGAUUUCUUCACGUCCGGUGUACAACAUCCUGAAAAGGCGAAAACUACUCCUCGAAAAGGUCUCUUCGACGAAGAAAUCGACAUAUUCGGUAACAAAGACUCGCCGGACAUCGAUAUCUUUGGUAUAGCGUCAAAAUCACCGGCCAAACCGGAAAACAAUAUUUCCAGUUGGAAAAUUCCGGACAUAUCGAACGAUGGCCUCUUUGCGAGCAACGCCAAAGACACGAUAGUAAAAAGUAACACGAUGGAGAGGAAUCAAAGCGUUGGAGUACCGAAGAAGAUCAGCCUGUUCGAUGAUGAUGAGGACAUCGAUGACGCGGAUUUAUUUGGCACGAAGCCUGUUAAAAAUGAAGCCAAAAGCGAAUCUCGUAUCUUGAAGGAUGAUGAUGAUGAGAAGAAGAAGAAGGAGAAAGAGCAUAAGGAGGAAGAUGAAUUGUUCUCUGCUAAGAAACAGGCAAACGACAAAUCUUCUAUAGGAACGACUGCAUCGGGUACAGAUAACGUCGAGCAAGAUGUAUCCACUCUUUCGAGUGAAAAAAUGGAUAAGAAUGUUCUGUCGGGUAACAGUUUGUUCUCCAACACUAUCGGAACACACGGAUUGGUCUUCGAAGAUGACGAUUACGAUGAUCUGUUUAGUACAAAGUCUACUAAGAGCUGAUUAAGGAAGAAACGAAAAAAAGAGAGUGUACGAUCAAAAUCAGAAACAAUAGAUGAUACAAAAGAGACUUCAGCUAACGAGAUCAAAACGUUAGAUGAAUCUAAUAUAUUUGCAAAGGCUGAAGAACCGAGCGUCUUUGAUACAACGUCGAACAAAGUAGAACAAAAGAAUGAUAAAGAUGUACAUAGAGUUUCUUCUGCGGAACCUAGUGUCGCAGAAGAUAUUGAAAACGAGACGAAGAAGAGUCCUCCGAAAUCAUUAGACAUUCAAACAGUUGCUUCGUCAUCUCCGCCCGAGGAGAACGAUCAGGGAACGAAACGAACGGUUUCCGGUAAGAUAAAGAACUUGAUGGGAAAAAUGGGUGAUUUAAAGAUACUUUCACCUAUGGACGUACCACCUUUAUGGCGAAGAAGCGAAGAGAAAACGGACGAAGAAGAUAGUACAGCAGAUAGAGACAGCGAUGACGGCGGAUGCAUUAGUAUACAAGGUCAUAGUUCAUUAAGUGCAUCUGAGGAUAGUACUACUCAGAAACAAUCCUUACAGUCGACGAUUUCAGGGGAAAGCAACGUAGAAAGUGCUAUUAGUUUUGAUGAGCCUGUUCAAGUAGAAACGCUAUCUACUACCGCUUCGAAGACGCGAGUCAGAAUACAAGCAAAACGUCGACCUCAGAGCAGAUAUGCACGUAAGUCAGCCUUAACACAAAUCGGAAUCGAUUUCGAUACUGUAGAUGCCUCGGAGAGCAACUCGCAACAUGACAGUCAUGGUAACCCGUCUCAGAAUAUUUUUAAUAAAGACCCAGUUUCGCAUACAGUUUCACAUACUGUCGCCACGAGUUCCGAUCGUUUGAUUUCUGAUAAUCUUCACCGAACCACCGAUGCUAAUAUUUUCUUAACCGCGGACGAUAAAUCUGAACUUGGUAGUUUAAGUAAGGAAAGUUCAAUGAGUGCUAAUAAGAACACUUUGCUAUCACCAUCUACCGACGAGGAAGACCUGUUCGAUGUACCACCAGAUUUGCCUGAAGAUCCACAAAGAGAGGAUACGCUGUUCGGUAGAGCCCCUAUUCUUUCGCCGGUAGAGCAAGUCAUUUCUGAAAGGAUGUCUACGAGUUUUAAACCAUUAAAAGAUACACAUAUCAAACAGAUUAACGGUACAGAUGGAGGGAUAGAGGAAAAUACACAAAAGACAGAAGAGAACAAUGUAUUGGAUGAACCUAAUAAUGACUCUAAUGGAAAAAUUACGGUUCCACACAAGAAUGAGGAAGAAUUCAAAGAAGAGAACACUGAAGCCAAAGACGAAUUGAAUGAUGUAGUUGAUCCAUUACGAGACAGCACUCACGAUCCGUUGAAAGAUCCCAGCCAAUUGUUUGCUUUCGUUACGAAAACACCAUCACCAGAAAAGGGCAAAAAUCUAUUGUUUUCCGAGGAUGACAGCCUGUUUUCUAGCCGAGGUAAAAAGUCAACCGAAGAGCAAACCACGAAAAAGUCAGUCCUGGAUUUAUUUUCCGACGACAUGGGUGGUGAUUUAUUUUCUACACCUCUAACUAAACCUUUAAAGAAGCCUUUGAAGGAUACGAAGAUUAGUCUGUUCGAUGAUGACGAGCAGGAUGACGAAGAUGAUAGUUUAUUUGGUCCUGUUGUAAAGAAAUCGUCGGUUAAAAGUGAAUCCAUAAGAAAGCCAGCCGUACAGCAAUCUGGGAAGAAACUAAGUUUAUUCGACGACGACGACAACGAUACCAAUUUAUUUUCCGAGUCAUCGGAGCAGACACAAAAGUCAGACUCCGGAAGUGUUCAGGAACAGUCGAACAAAAAUGAGAUUUUCGCGAGUAUCGUCGAGCCUGUGAAGACUUCGCACAUUACAGAUAUUUUUGCCGAUCAGUCAAGCGGGGAAGAUGAUAUCUUUGCAAGCAAAACUGUACCGAAGAAGGUCGUCACAUCGAAAUCAUUAUUUCCCUCUGAUGAUGACGACGACGACAAUGAUAAUAUUUUUGGUAAAAAAUCAACGACUGAAACCUACGUAAAGUCUACGGCGACGCGCUCAACUAUUAAAAAAUCGGUCACAAAAGAUUUAAAGAAAACCGCUGAAAAGAUCGGCGAUGACCCUUUAAGUAUUUUACAGGAUGAUUAAUCGUUUUUAAUAGAUUCUAUAUAUUUAUAUUUAUAUUUGUUCCUUAAUUUUUAAGUUUCUCGAUUCGAUUUAAAUUAUAAUGUAUUAAAAAUUGAAUAUACAGGGUGUUCGACAACAGGUGUGCAAUAUUUUAAGGGGUGAUUCU